GCUGUUGGCCGAUUUUUUUUUUUACAGUACCGACGGGUCCUAAAACCCUGCACCGUGGAUGCUCCUGGAGACCAGCCAUUUGCACCCACGGGUGCUCUCAAUUCAGAAAGUGUUUCCUUUAAAACAACAACUUUUCCGUCCUUUUUUCUAUUACAUUUCUUUCAACACGAGUAAACAGCCCUCUUUGGCUCGGACGUUUAGAGAGAAACGUGACUCCAAACAGGGCUGAUUCCUGCCACGACACAGCGCUGAAGUCUCCACCUGUGGCUCCGGUGUGAUGAAGCCCUGAGAAACAACCGCUCUCUGUCCCUCCUCGGCACCACCGACUUGGCCGGAAAAAAAACCCAACCCAUGGUGGUCAGUACAGCCUCCACGGAGGUGCACUGACACCGCUCACCCCCUCCUCCUCGUCAAGUCUGCCUGGCAACAGCAACGAUGAGCUCUCACAGCCGCUCAGGUGGCUCGACCAGCAACGAGCAUCCCGUGGAACUUCUCAAACCAGCUGCACUCAAUCAUUUCGUGGACGUGAGCUCGGCAGUGCAGCCCAUGCAGGUGCCCCCCACCACCACAGCCAUCCUUCCAAUGGACCUGCGCGUAGUGGACCACCACCCCCACCACCACCACCUCCACCACCAGCAGCAGCAGCAGCCCACCUUCGGCAUGGGUCCCCAACCCCACCCGACGGCGCCGGUCUCCGCCGCUUGCCCCGCGUCCUCCGAGCCGGGCCGCGGGUCGCUCAUCAAUCAGCCGGAGCAGCUGCAGCAGGAGCUGGUGACGCUCAAACACAAGCAGCAGCUCCAGCGGCAGCUCCUGAUCGCCGAGUUCCAGCGGCAGCACGAGCAGCUGUCGCGGCAACACGAGGUCCAGCUGCAGGAGCACGUCAAGUCGUGUCUCUCUCUCCACCAGCACCAGCAGGAUUUACUGGCGCUGAAGCACCAACAGGAGCUGCUGGAGCACCAGAGGAAGAUGGAGCAGCAGCGUCUGGAGCAGGAGAUGGAGAAGCAGCAGCGGGAACACAAACUCCUGCAGCUCAAAAACAAGGCGAGGGGGCAGGAGAGUGCGGUCGCCAGCACGGAGGUCAAGAUGCGACUUCAGGAGUUUGUCCUGAACAAGAAGAAAGCGCUGGCUCAGCGAAGCCUGAACCACUGUCUGCCCAGCGACCCACGCUUUUGGUAUGGAAAAACCCAGCACAGCUCUUUGGACCAGAGCUCUCCUCCUCAAACCGCGUUGUCAGCGUACACCCACCCGAUGCUGGGCACAUACGACUCAAAAGACGACUUCCCUCUCCGAAAAACAGCCUCGGAGCCCAACCUGAAGCUUCGCUCCCGGCUGAAGCAGAAGGUGACGGAGCGCCGCAGCAGCCCUCUCCUCCGCAGGAAAGACGGAGCCAUCACGACCGCCAAGAAGCGGUCCCUCGACCUGGCCGAGUCCGCAUGCAACAGCGCGCCGGGCUCGGGUCCCAGCUCCCCCAACAACAGCUCCAGUCACAUCCCCAGUGAGAACGGGGUCACCGUCUCCAGCAGCGCAGGAGAGGCCUCCCUGCUUCAGAGGUUGGCUGCGAGGGAGGGUUCAGUCAGCCAGCUGUCUCUCUACACUUCCCCUUCACUGCCCAACAUCACCCUGGGACUGCCAGCCACAGGGCCGGCCAGCGCUAUGGUGUCCGGACACCAAGAUGGUGAGAGUCGUCUGGCGUUGCCCGCGCUACAGGGGAUUGCUCUGACCCCCCCGUUCAUGCCCACGGCCCACCUGCCCUCCUACUUGGCGUCUUCGGCUCUGGACCGGGACGGGGCCGGAGGGGGCCCGGCGGGUCACAACCCCCUGCUGCAACACAUGGUGCUACUAGAGCAGAGCCACAAUCCAAUGGUCGGUCUGGCGGGCCUCCCGCUGUCGUCGCCCUCCGUCUCCAAACUUGCCCGCGGCCACCGUCCCCUCGGGAGGACCCAGUCGGCCCCCCUGCCCCAGCAGCAGUGUGGACAGGCCCAGGCCCUGCAGCAGCUGGUGGUCCAGCAGCAACACCAGCAGUUCCUGGAGAAACACAAACAACAGUUCCAGCAGCAGCAGCACAUCAUCAACAAGAUCAUGUCCAAGCCCGGCGAUCAGGUCUCGGCCACGGGCCCCAGCGCCUCGGGGCCGGCCAGGCAGCACCAGAGUCACCCGGAGGAGACGGAGGAGGAGCUCAGGGAGCACCAGGGGCUCCCCCUGUCAUGCUCGCCGUCGUCCGCCCAGGAGACGGGGAUCCUGGGCGGGCUGGUCAUCAAGCAGGAGCCCCCCGACCCCCAGGAGCAGCAGGAGGAGAGAGAGACGAGACAAGUGGAGCAGGAGUUUCUGUUCCGACAGCAUGUAUUGUCUAGCACAGCCGCUUGGUAUUUGCAAGAAUCUAGUGCCACCUUCUGGAAGGAGGAAGACAUUGCAGUCCCGCAGGCAAACGGUACAUGUCACUCUGUGUGUGAGCAGCAGGCUCUGCUGUUAGAGCAGCAGCGGAUCCACCAGCUGAGGAACUACCAAGCCUCCAUGGAAGCAGCCGGGUUGUUGGUCAGCUUCGCUGGACACCGGCCCCUCUCCAGGGCUCAGUCGUCCCCGGCCAACGCCUCCUUCCCCAUGGGAGUUCAGGAGCCGGCCGUCAAGCCCCGAUUCACAACAGGUCUGGUGUAUGACUCUUUGAUGCAGAAGCACCAGUGCAUGUGCGGAAACACCACCAGCCAUCCAGAGCACGCUGGCCGCAUCCAGAGUAUCUGGUCCCGACUCCAGGAGACGGGCCUGAGGGCUCACUGCGAGUGUAUCCGCGGCAGGAAGGCCUCGCUGGAGGAGUUGCAGACGGUCCACUCCGAAGCCCACGUCCUGCUCUACGGAACCAACCCGCUGCGGCAGAAACUGGACUGUUCAGUGAGCCCCAUGUUUGUGAGGUUACCGUGCGGAGGCAUCGGGGUGGACAACGACACCAUUUGGAACGAGGUCCACUCAUCCAGUGCGGCGCGUCUGGCCGUCGGCUCAGUGGUGGAGCUGGUCUUCAAAGUAGCCUCGGGGGAACUGAAGAAUGGUUUUGCUGUAGUCCGACCACCUGGACACCACGCUGAGGAGAGCACGCCGAUGGGAUUCUGUUACUUCAACUCGGUCGCCAUAGCAGCCAAGCUGCUGCAGCAGAGACUCAACGUCAGUAAAGUCCUCAUCGUGGACUGGGAUGUUCACCAUGGCAACGGCACCCAGCAGGCCUUCUACGCAGACCCCAGCAUUCUGUACCUGUCGCUGCAUCGCUACGACGACGGGAACUUCUUCCCGGGCAGCGGAGCACCCGACGAGGUGGGCAGCGGAGCGGGCGAGGGCUUCAACGUGAACAUGGCCUUCACCGGAGGACUGGAACCUCCCAUGAGCGACGCCGAGUACCUGGCCGCAUUUAGGACGGUGGUCAUGCCUAUUGCCAACGAGUUCGCCCCAGACGUGGUUCUGGUAUCUUCGGGCUUUGAUGCGGUCGACGGACAUGCUCCACCCCUGGGAGGAUACAAGCUGACAGCCAAGUGCUUUGGCUACCUGACCAGGCAGCUGAUGGCUCUGGCAGGCGGCCGGUUGGUGCUUGCCCUGGAGGGAGGUCACGACCUCACGGCCAUAUGUGAUGCCUCCGAAGCCUGCGUCUCUGCUCUGCUUGGCAAUGAGUUGGACCCCAUUCCUGACGAGGUGCUGCAACAGACACCGAACGCCAACGCCGUCCACUCGAUGGAGACCGUUCUUGAAAUACACAGUAAAUACUGGCGCUCGCUGCAGCGCUCCGCCGCCACCCUCGGCUGCUCGUUGAGCGAAGCCCUGCGGCGCGACGCAGAGGAGGCCGAGACCGUCUCCGCCAUGGCCUCUCUGUCCGUCGCCAACAAGCUGGUUGGAAAGAGGGCUGAGGAGGAACCCAUGGAAGAGGAAGCCACCAUGUAAAGAAACCCCACCGUUCAGUCUUCAUCUGUGACCGUGUCGUCGCCCCGGUCGGCGUCAAUGUCCACGCCGCUCCCGCGUCUCACCCCCGCCACCACCCCAGUCGACGUGUCGCCGCGGGCGAGAACGAGCCGGCGGGAAACGCGGCGGCGCUCGGAGUUCGACGCCGGAGACGGGCGACGCGUCCUCCGAUCGGCGGUGCACAGACCGAUCGGCGUACGCGCGUCGCACCGUCUGCGAGAGGAGCGGCUCGACGACAACCUCCAGUGCCAGUGCUUUUUUUUUUUAAACAUUAGACACGGCGUGUUUUAUCGAACGCCAGUCGGAAAACGAUCCCGUCGUCGCCGUCUACUCGCACUCAUUGUUCUGUUCUCUCUGCGCUCGAUCGUCACCUUCUCGCUUUUCAUCGGAAAAAAACAAAAAAACACCGGAGCUCUUUGCGAUGGCGACUCCUCGCGGACGGACCAUUCGACGCCGUUUUCAGAUUUUCCCGGACGAAUGGAACAAAGUGGUCGAAUUUCUUACAGGUGGUCGGAGAUGACGGAUGGGGAACCGUCGGCGAGCGUUCUGAUUCCACGAUGACUGACAGUGAAAGACUGUGCGUCCGUGCCUUUUUUUGAAAUUUUUUAAACGUGGUGGAUUUUCUGUUGAACUCUAUAUCGAAAGAGCUUUGCCUUAAAAAAACAGGCUUUGGAUCGAGGCCUCUUCUCCCGGACCCCUUCAACAUCUCUAUCCCGGCGAGACAUUCGAUGCCUGCAUGUUGUCGGCACAUAGACUGGAGUACCUUGGCAUGUUGACCUAUAAAUCCUUGCAAGCUGCCUUCUGGCUUUCCCUGCACCGCCAUCUUUACUUGCUUGCCCACAUUAUUUGAGAAGGUUUCGUUCCCGGCCACAAGUUGGAGGUGGUUCGGUUUCAAGGGAGGCUCCAGGUAUUACUCAGCGGAACCAUGUAUCAGAACCGGUCCCCGUAGCCAGAGGGAUAUCAUGUCAAUGUCAUUCAACGGUGGCUCGUGCAAACUUAUCUCGGAGCUCACGAUGAAUUCCGAUUGUUAGCGAGUGUAGCGUUGAGAGAUUCAGUGGCACGUAAUGGGCGAGCGUCGGGGUCGCCAUUGGCAACCGGCCCGAUCAGACCGGGCAUCGGCUGUCCUCGGGAGCAAUGUGUCGAACCGGCCGUCGCGAUAAGACAACCGGGUCUCCGUGGUAACAACGACAAAACCACCUGGGAUAUUCCAGACUCUCGCAGCCGGUUCAGCAUCUUGAGCCCCGACACAUCCGCCCUCCAAAUGUCCAGUGCUGUGAGGCAGGUGUGUGUACAUCUGUGCACAUGCAGUGGAGCACACUCUUUAUAAACAUUCUCCUGGAGACGCAUAUUUUUAUAGUUCUUUAUUUCAUUUUUUUCUUCAUUAUUUAUCUUUCAUUUCUUUCGACCCAGCCAGUGGGACACGCCCAUGCACAAUGAUUACACGCGGAGCUCAGAUUCCUCAAACCGAUAAAAGACAUCAAUAUGGCCUUUGAGCAUUUUGAUGUAUUGAUUGCUGUAAAGGGGCUUUUACUAAAUGUAACAACAACCUUUUUUUGUAAUAUUGCCAUAAUUGCGUGCUCAUGUUUCGGUCCUCUUUAAAGAAAACAUGUGCACGGUAAUGUUUGAUAAAAGUGUCCCAGUGUGCAGAAGUUGACUGUAACCACCUCUCCAACUUGUGGGCAACGACCUUCGCUCGCCUUCGUCGUUUCACCUGGAAGCUAACCGCGUUUACCGUGUGUGGUCGGCGGACGGGGAAACGGAGGUCGGCGGUGUUUCCCGUUUCCUGUGCAUCGGACGUCCGUCUCCAGAGUAUUCCUGCCACGCACGCUUCUCAUUGGCUGCUCUCGUUUUCCUCUGGUUGUCGCCGGCCUGCCAGCGGACUCCGGCGUCUCCUCGUUGCACCCGUGUGCGGUCGUCCGGUCGUCUCUCUGUUACACGGUAACGCUGACGCACUUCACAGCGGGCGAGGGGUCAGAUCCCGUGUCUACUGGACAUGACGUGACCGUGUUUUCUGGGUUCGGGUUUUUUCUGUGGGAGGGCUGGGUAGCAAAUGUUUCUACUUUGUAUAAUGAUGGUCAAUUGUGUAUUUACCGUCUGUUCAUAGUAGAUUUAUAUAUGAAAAGAUGAGUAUAUUAUAUAUAUAUCUAUACAUAAUGAAAAACUAUGAUCUUGUUUUUAAAGAAUGAUACUCUUCAUGGGCCUUCCAUACAGCGACUGAAGACAUCUUUGACUGCCCUUGGUUCCGUGUUGAGUAGCAUUGACCUGGUUGUCCUCUUGUCUUUCAACACUGGUGACUCGUUUCUGGCUUCCUCAUCCCCACUGUUGCAGCAGGCGUGCCACGGCCCUCUGCUCGGCAUCACUUUGAGGCACAUAUAUCCAUAUUAUUCCACUUUCUUUCUUUUUUUAUGUGUAGAUUAUUACAUUCUGGCUCUGCCGCCUCUAAAGUUUCACUUAUUUUUGAGAAAUAUGAGACCGACAUUCAAAAUAUGCGUUCUACACAUCUCAAAAAAUGUCCAAAGGCGGUUUCUUCAUGGCCGUGAUAUAUCCCCCGACGCUAAAUCACUCACAGAUGACUUCACGUGAUCAUCGCUUAUUUCCUUAUCUGGCCGAAUGUCCUCAAGUUUUAAUUGAAUGCGACAUUCCUCGACAUUCAUCUCGUCCACAUGUGCGAUGUCGUUGCCGGUUGUUCAGCGUCUCCCAGAGGCCACGGGCGCUCCGUCCCCGCGGCAGCAAGGAUUGUUUUCAAACGUUAUCCACUCAUGGAUAUGAUUACGAUGAUCGACAUUGUCUCAAAUCUUGAAAGUAAAUGAACCUUUUUUUAAUUGUGACUGAAUGUAUCUGAGCUCCACUUUCUAAACCCCCAUUCAUUUCCAUGGCUCCAGCCGAUUCAAUUAUAUUCAGUUUAUUGUGUAUGGCCCAAUAUCACAAAUCACAAAUUUGCCUCAGAGGGCUUUACAAUCUGGACACGUAGACAUCCCUGACCCAGGGCCUCACAGGGGUUAAAGUUCAAAGAAAGGCCCGUGAUUCUUCUGUACAUCCCCUUCACGCACCUGCGCAAACCUCUUUCUCCGGUCCACGGGUUUUGGACUCCGUUCGUGCCCAAUCGAUUUGUGGUUGGAAUACGACGACAUCCUGAAAAUCACCUCUUCUUGGAGACGCCGACAUGUAAACGCGCUCGGUGAGGUGCCUUCCGGUAACCCGGACCAGGAAUAUUCCCAGAACCUUUGUACGGUAGUGCCAGUCGGGUGGGGGGGGGGUGCUUUGGUUUCCCAGCAGGAGCUGACAGUGUGACUCAAUGUCCAGUAACAUUCCGUGUUGUGAUCGUUUCCAUGUCUCAAGAGAGGCCGUAUGUCUUUCUCUUUUCCUUUUUAACCCUGAUAGUUCGGUCCAGCCAGGUCCGAGAACCGUCUGUUGAUGUAGGUGGCCUGGUCUGACUCCAUUCCUCCUCUCUCUGUCUGUCCGUCCGUCCAUCCCAUACUACAUAUCAGAACAUCGAGCACUGAAGGACGUUAGUACUUUCACUGUAUCCAAACUGUCUCGUCUCUUUUACUGCUUUUAAAAAAAAGUUUCUGCUUGAGAGGCGUUUGGGUUGUUUCCAUGUUGUGCUUUUUACCUUUUUAGGAUAUCGAACCAUCGAACCUGGAAGACCUUCGUUCAAUAUUUUACAAAAAAAGUACAAAAUCAAAAAAAAAGUAUCUAGCACUUGUAACACAAAGAAUAGAUUGUAUUGUAUUUAUGUAGAAACAUGGUUUGGGGAGGGGGGGGCUUUGUAAACUGCUACAACAGAAUGGACAACUUUUUAAAAAUAUAUAUAAUUUGUCGUUGUUUUUGGACACAUCUAGACUUGUCUAAGGACACCAUCCUGGUGCCUGGCCGUUGUUAAGGCGGUCCAUUCCUCUAAAUAAGCCCGUUAUUGCUAUGACCACUGUGGUUCAAAAUCAAUCAGUUUGAGGUUUACAUUAUGUAUGAAAUGCAUAUUCUUCUUUUUUUAUUAUCAGUUAUGGUUAUGACUUGUUCCACCGUUGUUACAGAAAUAGUUAAAUUUUUUUUCCGGGAACCUUUGUUCUAACAUGUUGUCUUGUUGACAUCUACAGUAUAAAGUAUUGUUUUGGAAAAACUUCAA